GAGAGCGUAACAAGAACAAGGCUGGCAGGCUGCAAAAGGAAAAAGGACGAGACGGUGCCGUAUUCACUGAACCAGCAUUGAUCGAUCGAUCGAUCGAAACCAUAGCUGUGUAAGAACAGCCCAAUUUCAAUUUCAAUUUCGAUUUCAAUUUCAAUUUCAAUUUCAAUUUCAAUUUCGAUUCCAUUUCCAUUUCCAAAUGCAAAGCUUUUGAUUUUGAAUUGGUGGUUUUCCGAUUCUCUCUCUGUCUGUCUCUCUGCGAUUUCCUCGGACUCAGCACCUCUCUCUCUCUCUCUCCAAUUCAUUCCCAUUUCAAUGUCCUUUUUUCUAUUCUUAUCCCUCUUCCUCUUCUUCCCCAGUUCUUAAUUUUUUCCGUUUCCUUUUGGGUGUUUUUCGAUCUUCCCGCCGCUCGAUUUAUCUCCGGUGACAGCGAUUUCAGGUGGGUGUUCCCCGAUCCGCCUCCUCUUCUUUUCUUCUUCUCUCACUUCUCUGCCAUUUCGCUAUUUGAUUUUGUAUUCAGUGCAUUGAAGGGCGUCUGAUCUCUCUGCGCUUCUACUUCGUUUCAUCAAUUCCGAGACGAUAACCCUUCUCUUUCAUCGAACUUACUGGUUUUUGGCAUUUCUUGCUUGGGGAGUCGUAGGGUGUUUGUUGUUAUUUGGAUCCACUAGAGGAAGUUGUCAAUACAUCCUUGAAAAGAGCUGUUUGUGCAUCAUUGAUUCCUGUGUUCCUCUGUUGUAAACAUGAGAGGCUGGUCUCUGAUCUGAGUUUUUCUGAAAGGCAGGAUUCUGAAUGUGUUGCUAUUGAUAAGCCCUUCCAUUAUAUUUCCCUGUUUUCACUUCCAAGCAGAUGGAUUUUGUGUGUGUUUUUAAUUGUUUUGACAUUUAGUCGCUCAGGCUUGGACAUUGUUGAACGGGAAUUGGUUUCUAGGAAGUGCAAGAAUAUGGGUUUAGGAGGAUGAGGGGAUGCAGGUUCUUGGUGAGAUGGAGCUCAAAUUCUUGUUGUUCUUUGUGUUUUGUUUGGAUGGACUUGGGAUGAAUGGUUUAAUAUGUACUGGGGCUUCAUUUGAUUUGCAUAUUAGACUUCCUAAUGUUGUCAAAAAGUAAUAUAUGAGUGCUGGUCAGCCCCUGUUGGCUUCGUCAGAAUCUGCAUCAGUUAUUGAACACCGAUCCCCAUCUCCAAAUUUUGGUUCUGCUGGUUCUCUAUGUCGCAGUGCUUCCUUCACCUCUUCCACUCACGAGGAUGCUCAGAGUGACGUCGUGGAUGUGAAGGAAAACUGCGCCGCCUCUUUCGGAGAUAAAGAUUGGAGCGUUGAGGAUUCCCUCAGACGUUCCACUUCUCUUACUAGGAGGAGGCAGUAUCAUACUAUUGGCUCUCUGUUUCCUAACCGGUCACCUUUUGGCGACCCCACGCAGGAUAGAAGACGCCUGGUCUCGUGGGGUGCAAUGGAGCUACAUAGUAUCAACGAUAACCCUCCGAGCUUUGAACUCUCUAGAGUUCAGGAGAAAUUGCAUAAGGCACAAAGAAGUCAUCAUAAGAGUAUGCAGUUCGAAGAUAAUUUACAGCAUGACGAUAAUCCAAGGUUGAUAUACAUCAAUGAUCCUAGGAGAACUAAUGACAAGUAUGAGUUCACAGGAAAUGAGAUAACAACUAGCAAGUACACAUUGAUUACCUUCUUGCCAAAGAAUCUCUUCAUUCAGUUCCACCGGGUUGCCUAUCUUUAUUUUCUUGCUAUUGCAGCUCUCAACCAGCUUCCACCUUUGGCGGUUUUUGGGAGAACGGUAUCUCUUUUUCCACUCCUGUUUGUGCUCUGUGUUACAGCUAUUAAAGAUGGCUAUGAGGAUUGGCGAAGACACAGAUCAGAUCGCAAUGAGAACAAUAAACAGGCUCUGGUGCUUCAAUCAGAUGAAUUCCGAUUGAAAGUGUGGAAAAAAAUACGAGCGGGUGAAGUUGUAAAGAUUUGUGCAGAUGAGGUCAUUCCUUGUGACAUGGUUUUAUUGGGGACAAGUGAUCCUAGUGGCCUUGCUUACAUCCAAACAAUGAAUUUGGAUGGUGAGUCAAACUUGAAGACAAGGUAUGCUAGGCAGGAAACCGCAUCAGCAGUAGCUGAGGGAUGCUCGUAUUCGGGUCUUAUUAGAUGUGAACAACCUAAUAGGAACAUUUAUGAGUUCACUGCCAAUAUGGAGUUCAACGGCCAUAAAUUUCCCCUCAGCCAGUCGAACAUAGUCUUGCGUGGUUGUCAGCUGAAGAACACGGAAUGGAUUAUUGGGGUGGUCGUCUAUGCUGGACAAGAGACAAAAGCCAUGUUAAACAGUGCCGUGUCUCCUGCCAAGCGAAGUAAACUGGAGGGUUACAUGAACAGGGAAACGUUGUGGUUGUCAAUCUUCCUCUUUAUCAUGUGUCUAGUUGUGGCCCUUGGAAUGGGCUUGUGGCUUGUUCGUCACGAGGAACAGCUUGAUACCUUGCCAUAUUACAGGAAAACGUAUUUCACAACUGGGGCAGAAAAUGGCAAGAGGUACAGGUUUUAUGGAAUACCUAUGGAAACCUUUUUCUCCUUUCUAAGUUCGAUUAUAGUUUUUCAGAUCAUGAUACCGAUAUCCCUUUAUAUUACAAUGGAGAUGGUGAGACUGGGCCAGUCAUAUUUCAUGAUUGAAGAUAAGCACAUGUACUGUAGAAUCUCUCGCUCAAGGUUUCAGUGCAGAUCAUUAAACAUCAAUGAAGAUCUUGGUCAAGUUCGCUACAUAUUUUCCGAUAAAACAGGAACGCUUACUGAAAAUAAAAUGGAAUUCAAAAGAGCAAGUGUAUAUGGGAGGAAUUAUGGGAACAACUUAUCCGAGGGAUAUCCAUCAAUGUUGUAUUCCGUUUCAGAAACUUUAGGGAGGAGGAAGUGGAAACUUAAAUCUGACGUUGCCGUUGAUACCGAUCUUGUCAAAUUAUUGCACGAGGACCCAAACGGAGAUGAAAAGAUUGCUGCACAUGAUUUUUUUCUUACCUUGGCUGCAUGCAAUACUGUAAUUCCUAUUCUCAUGGAUGACGAACCUAGUUAUGCGAAUGGUGAAUUGCACGAGGAUUUUGAAACUAUUGGUUAUCAGGGGGAAUCCCCUGAUGAGCAAGCUCUAGUUGCUGCAGCCUCUGCUUAUGGAUAUACCCUUUUCGAGCGCACAUCCGGGCAUAUUGUUAUCGAUGUCAAGGGUGAGAACUUAAGGUUAGAAGUUCUGGGUUUACAUGAGUUCGAUAGCGUUCGCAAAAGAAUGUCUGUUGUCAUCAAAUUCCCCGAUAACACUAUAAAGGUGCUGGUAAAAGGCGCUGAUACUUCAAUGUUGAGUAUUUUAGGCAUCGACUCUGAUAGGGAAGAGUUUAUCAAGGAUACUACUCAGAACCAUUUGUGUGAUUAUUCAAUGGAAGGGUUGCGAACACUCGUAGUUGCUGCUAAAGAUCUUACAGAUUCCGAAUUUGAGCUGUGGCAGAGCAGAUAUGAGGAUGCUAGUACUUCACUGACUGAACGAGCAGUAAAACUACGUCAGACAGCAGCCCUUAUAGAAUGUGACCUAAAGCUUUUGGGUGCAACUGCUAUCGAGGACAAGCUUCAAGAUGGUGUACCUGAAGCCAUUGAAUCGCUUCGGCAGGCGGGAAUAAAGGUUUGGAUUCUGACUGGAGAUAAGCAGGAGACGGCCAUAUCAAUCGGUCUCUCCUGCAAACUGCUGACUCCAGAUAUGCAGUCAAUUAUUAUCAAUGGAAAUUCCGAGAACGAUUGCAGGCAACUUUUAGGUGACGCCAUAGCAAAAUUUGGUAUUAAAUCAGGGCAGGGCGGAAGUCCUAGACAGAAGCUGAACAAUUCUGAGAAUGACUGUAACGAUACACUGAAGACGUCUAGUAUGCCAGAUUUUAAUGAAGUGAAAGAAGAAGAAGAAGAAGAAGAAGAAGUGACUGAUAAACCACUAGCUCUAAUAAUAGAUGGAAACAGUUUGGUCUACAUUUUGGAGAAGGAAUUGGAGUCGCAGCUUUUUGACCUUGCAACUUCGUGCAAUGUCGUGCUUUGCUGUCGUGUUGCACCCCUGCAGAAAGCAGGAAUUGUCGAUUUGAUCAAGAGUAGAACUGAUGACAUGACAUUGGCGAUUGGAGAUGGGGCAAAUGACGUCUCAAUGAUUCAGAUGGCCGAUGUAGGCGUGGGUAUAUGCGGACAGGAGGGGCGUCAGGCUGUAAUGGCAUCUGAUUUUGCCAUGGGACAAUUUCGCUUUUUGAAACGAUUACUUCUAGUGCAUGGACAUUGGAACUAUCAACGCGUAGGCUACAUGGUUCUUUACAACUUUUACCGCAAUGCUGUUUUCGUCCUGAUGCUCUUCUGGUACAUUCUAUGCACAGCAUUCUCAACAACUUCAGCUUUGACUGAUUGGAGUAGCGUGUUUUACUCUGUUAUUUAUACGUCGAUCCCAACUAUUUUUGUUGGUAUUCUGGACAAAGACUUGAGUGACAAAACUCUACUGCAAUAUCCUAAGCUCUAUGGUGCUGGCCAUAGACAGGAGGCAUACAAUUUGCGUCUCUUUUGGUUCACAAUGAUCGAUACCCUGUGGCAGAGUCUCGUACUCUUCUACGUGCCGUUAUACAUCUACAGGGAGAGUUCCAUUGAUAUAUGGAGCUUGGGAAGUCUGUGGACCAUAGCAGUUGUUAUACUCGUGAACGUACACUUGGCGAUGGAUGUUCAACGUUGGGUGUAUAUUACACAUGCUGCAGUUUGGGGAUCCAUAGUCAUAACAUAUGCCUGCAUGGUCGUGUUGGAUUCGAUACCCGUUUUCCCUAAUUACUGGACGAUUUUUCAUCUGGCCAAGUCCCCGACAUAUUGGUUGACUAUAUUGCUCAUAAUAGUUGUAGGAUUGCUUCCGCGUUAUCUUUUUAAAGUCGUAAACCAAAGAUUUUGGCCCUCGGAUAUUCAAAUAGCCAGAGAAGCCGAGGUACUGGGAAAACGAAAAGGUAAUGAACAAUUGGGUUCCAAGCAAGAUCGAAACUCCGACUAAUAUACAUGUACUCAACCAUCCUUUUGAGUUGCUCAUUUGCAGAUGGCUUCCCUGUGGUACACAAAGCGUGAUUGUAACUGUGAAAGGUUAGACCAUGCCAAGUGAUGCAUUUGUCCUUGGACAUAGAUGAACUUUUUUAGUUAAUUAUACUUCGACGAUAGAUAUCGACUCUGAAAGGCUUAAAGGUUGCAUUAGAAGGUCAUACGAUACGAAUGGCAUCGUAAACAAGAGUUUAUUAGAGUUGGAUCACAGAGUUUGAAGUUGGGUGCGAUACGAAAGAUGGGAGACGAUGGAAUGGCCUACGAAACGACGUUUCUGGUUGGGAGGUGAUUAUUUGGAAGAAACGGAGGGAUGUCGAGUCGUAGGAUUUAUGUUUUGUUUGGGGUUGGAAGGGGAGGAUAAGUGUAUGAUAUGAUAUUAGGGUGAUGGGGUAAAAGAAACGUACACGGGUUGAAAGAGAAAGGAGAGAUUGAAUUAAAGUAAGUAUAUAUAUAAUAGGGAUAGGGAGGGUGUUUUUGCUUUCCCUUUGUUAACCCUUUGUAAAAAUCUGAGGAAUUUUUACUCAUCGACACAAGGAACGAGAGAAGUGAUGAGAAAAAUACAACACUCACAUACAUGUUUGCAUGAUUUUAAUCUGUUUUUGUGCGUUGUAACCAUUUUUAGCUUAGUCAUUAAAUGAAAAGGAACAGAAUUCUUCUUCA